GUAAAAGUUUAUUAAAACAUAUUGGCGUACAUAUUGUCAGUUAAUCUCCAAAGACGAUCCCUAAUUCCAACAUUCCAAAUAGCCUUUAAAAGCCCAUCCCUCCAUACUGAAUCAAAUGCCUUCCGGAGGUCCAGGAAUGCCAGAUCUGAUUUUCAUUGACCUGACAUCUGUCGCAUUUGCACAUCACAGACCAAGUGGAAAGAAUAGUAAACCAAAUCAGCUGAAGGUUCCUUAAAUGCAUUUACUGUUCCUAUACAGGUGAAGAUUUACAGUACAGUACCACAGUACUGUUAUUGGGUUACGGUCUCCAACAAGGUCAAUGGUUUGCACGCAAUUGUUUUUAAACGCUCAAAUUUAUAAAGUUGAAAUAUAGUUAAUGUCAAGUUCAUUAAAUUAAUAUUGAUGUAAUUUCUUGACAAAAGUGUUUAGAAUGGGAAACGAAUUGAACAAAUCACUUGAACAGUUAGAAGAAAAUUUAACUGCAUUUGAAAGAGCUGUAAAUACUGAAGCAGAUGAAACUCAUCACAGGGGAGGAGCCCAGGGAGGACAUGUUCCUCUUAGUGGAAAAAAGGUAACUAGAAAGUCACUGCUAACAGAGCUUCGAAGGUAUGAUAACAAGUUUGUUGCUAUACCAGAUAAAAAGAUGAAGAGAGCUAAGGAAGUUGUAGAAAAAAUAAAACGCUCAUUCCAAAAAUAUGUACGAGAAAAUCAUUUCAAUUGUAGAGAGAUCAUGCACCAGGGUAGCGUCUACGAAGGACUUAAAGUAAUUGAACCGAAUGAGUUUGAUCUUCUUUUCCCUGUGGAGUUGGAAAACAGUGGAUGGAAACUCGAACAAGCCAUUGAUAGUGAAUGCGACAUACCCGGCUACUAUUUUAUUCAGAAAGAAGGAUAUCUUGGUGGGAGUUAUUGGAAUGAAUGCAUUGUUAAUGAUACCUACCUAAGCCCAGUUAAAGUAGGACGAAAGAUGCAGUCCGUUAUACAGAAGUAUGUGAAGGAUGUAACUCUGCCAAAUGAAAUAAAUUUUACCCUACGAGAAAAUGGCCCAGCGCUUACUCUUGAAGUCUGCUAUGAUGACUCAGGACACAUGAGCAUUGAUAUUGUUCCGUCAAUUAAAAUUAGAGGUAGAAUGUUUGUUGCAAAGCGGCACCCUAAUGCUGAUGAGUAUCAGACACUUAGAAGAGUUGACAAUAUGUACAAUCAUAUCUGGCGGGAAAGUUUUUCAGAAAUGGAAAAAUCGAUUAUUAGACAGAUGGAUGGGAUGAACGAAUGUAGGCGCACCUGUCUGAAGAUCUUGAAGACAAUCAGGAAAAAGAAAGGAAAAUCCCAGCUGGGAAAGUUAUGGUCAUAUCACCUCAAGACCUGCUUGCUGCAUCUCAACGACGAUAGAAGAAUUGGGCCAUGGCACCAAGACAACCUCGACGAUCGUUUUAAAGAUCUUUUGCGGAAACUGAUUAAAUUUCUAUCAACCAAAAAAAUGCCAAGCUUUUUUGAUGACAGCGUAGAUUUGUUCAGGGAUUUCAGUCCAAUCCAACUGCAGAACAUUGAAGGCUGGCUUAACAGAAUAAUUCGUUCAGACGAGAAGAUUAUUGAUGAACUUCUGACUGAAAGCAAUACUGAAGCCAGUAGUGAUUAUGCUUUGAGUCAAGAUCAAGGUGACACUGAUCGAAACUCCAGUGAGGCAUCUGGGAAUAACUGGCUUGGUACUGCUGCAGCUGCGAUUGGCGGUGUGGCAGCGAUUGGUGCGAUAGGAUAUGCUGUAUAUACUGGACUUGUAGCAGGAGACAAACGUAACCCAGAUGAGGCAGAAGAAGAUGACAUUGGUCAAAGUACGCAUUUAGUUCAAAGGCGGAAGCCACUGUUGAUAGAGCUGAGAAGGUACUAUCAUUAUUAUGCGGCCAUCCCGGUUCACGAGCGAAAGAGAUCUAUUGAAGUUGUUGAAGCCAUUAAACACUCUCUUCAGAGGUUUGUACGAGAUGAUAACAACACGACGUAUACUUUUGGCAAUAUUAUGCCACAAGGCAGUAGUUAUGAAGGGCUCAAAGUUAUUAAACCAAAUGAAUUUGAUCUUCUACUACCACUGAUGUUAACAAAUGGUGAGUGGAACUACACAGAAGCUAAAUGGAAAAAUGAGGAAUCGGAUUAUGAAUAUGAAGUACCCGGAUAUUUUUUUAUUACGAAAAUACGACGUCACAUUAAGACUGCUUAUGAUAAUGCCAUUGUCAAUGAUGACUUCUUGAGUCCUACCAAGGUGAAACGAAAGAUUCAGUCGAUUGUUCAACGAGCAGUAGAUCAGAUGACUGUAACAGAUGUCCAACGUGUUGCUCCACGAGAAAGUGGCCCUGCACUUACACUUGAGGUGGAGUAUGAUUAUGGACAAAGAAUGAACAUUGAUAUUGUUCCAUGCAUUAAACUCAUAGAUAAGCUUGAUAAUACCAACUAUAAGUUGUUCGUUGCAAAGCGGCAUCCUGAAGCUGACCUGUAUCAGUGUCCUAACAGAAAUGAUCGAAAUAUUUUCAAUCACAUCUGGCGUGAGAGUUUUUCAGAAAAUGAAAAAUUGAUUAUCAGAGAAAUGGAUUCGAAGAACGAAUGUCGUCGCGCUUGUUUGAAGAUUCUCAAGACAAUCCAGGUUAGGAAGUCCUGUCCACUAAAAGGGCUGUCGUCAUUUCACCUCAAAAACUGCAUGCUGCAUCUCAACAAGGAUAUAGACAUUGGGCCAUGGCACCAGGACAAUCUCGAUGAUCGUUUCAAGGAUCUUCUGCUGAAACUUAAUGAAUUCUUAACUGACGAAUAUAUGCCAAAUUUCUUUGCUCCUGCAGUCAAUCUUUUCUCACAUUGCAGUGAAACUCAACUACAUAAUAUCAGAGGCUGGCUUAGCAGAGUAAUUUCUUCAUCAGAUGAUAAAAUUGUUAAUGAACUUCUAGAGAUCCACCGCAGAAACUUCAGCAAUGUGAAGGUCAGAAUCAUGGAGUGGGUUUGGGCUGCCCUAUUCAGCUUCUUUGAAGAGCAAGAACAUCAAAAGAUGGAUGUGCUUUUAUAUGGAUAUUAG